AUGAAUGACAACAAAAGUUAACCAGAAUUAAUUAAGACUAAAGUAGUUAAUAACAACAACCAUGUUUUAAUUAAGAAAGAGGAAUAAUCGUUAUCUAGACUUCCUUGGUAUCAAAAAUAUGCUAUUAUUAAGGUAAAUGACUAAGCAACCUUUUGAUUCAAUUUUGAAUAUUAGUCAAUGUCUUUAGUCACAAGUAAUCCCAUUUGAAAUUUAUAUUAACCUAGAACUCUCAGCCCAUGCUUUACUGGGAUUGUUCUAGAAACUAAAUAUUAUCGUUCAUAAACUAAAAGAAAAUUAACCCAACAAUCUAGAAUUGAAAGAUCUAAACUUGUUAUAUUGUGAAAGAAAAAAGAGUAGAUAUACGAUGCAUUUUAGAUUGGAUAAAUUAUCAAUUUUAUCAAGACCCAAAAAUGGUAGAGGAAAUUGUUGA